AUGCAGCCUUUGACGAGUGAGAAAAAUGCUUGCGAUACAAAUGAAGUGGUUUUCAUCAUUUUGAUGGAUGUUUUUGUAGUUGUGACGUGUCCGUUUAAUCCGAAACGAAUUGCAUUUGAAGUACAAGUGUUAGUGGUCUGUCUUCCUGAAGUUCGGAUUCUCAUGGUUGGUCUCGACGCAGCUGGUAAGACGACUAUUUUAUACAAGCUCAAGUUAGGAGAAAUCGUAACUACUAUUCCGACGAUCGGGUUCAACGUGGAAACCGUAGAAUACAAGAACAUCUCAUUUACUGUAUGGGAUGUUGGGGGUCAAGAUAAAAUUCGCCCAUUGUGGAGGCACUACUUCCAAAACACUCAAGGUCUUAUUUUUGUCGUGGACUCGAAUGACCGCGAACGUAUCGAGGAGUCCCGGGAGGAAUUGCACAAAAUGGUGAAUGAGGACGAACUCAGAGACGCAACACUUCUUGUAUUUGCUAAUAAGCAGGACCUACCGAACGCAAUGAGCGCUGCAGAAUUGACGGAUAAAUUGGGUCUGCAUAAUCUACGCUCACGACAGGUAUUGAUUAUUGCUCGUUCACAGUUACUCAAGUACAACUUGGUUUUUCGAAGUUAUCUGGUCUCAAGCGCUCUUUUUUGUGGAUUAAUGAGAGGGGAAAUGGGAAACAUGUGCAUGGCGAACGACUUACUAGGUCAGAUUCCUGGAUAG